ACUCUCUCUCUACUCUCCUAGAUCCUUCAUGUCUGAUCAAACCCCGACCAUUCCUACUUUCAAGCUCGUUCUAGUCGGCGAUGGUGGUACAGGCAAAACAACUUUUGUCAAGCGCCACUUGACUGGUGAAUUUGAAAAGAAGUACAUCGCUACUUUGGGUGUUGAGGUCCACCCCUUACAAUUCUCCACAAAUUUCGGCAACAUCUGCUUCAACGUUUGGGACACUGCCGGCCAGGAGAAGUUUGGUGGUCUCCGUGAUGGGUAUUACAUCCAAGGCCAAUGCGGUAUCAUCAUGUUUGACGUCACUUCGCGAAUCACCUACAAAAAUGUCCCCAAUUGGCAUCGCGACCUCGAACGCGUCUGCGAGAACAUCCCCAUCGUGUUGUGUGGUAACAAGGUCGAUGUAAAGGAGCGCAAAGUGAAGACUGGCGCUGUCACAUUCCACCGCAAGAAGAACCUUCAAUACUUUGAAAUUUCCGCAAAGUCCAACUACAACUUCGAGAAGCCCUUCCUUUGGCUUGGCCGCAAGCUUGUUGGCAAUCCCGGUCUGGAAUUCGUUGCUGCCCCAGCUUUGGCCCCUGCUGAAGUCACCGUGGACGAAAACUUGAUGAAGCAGUAUCAACAAGAGCUCCUUCAGGCCGAAGCGGUUCCUCUUCCCGAGGAUGACGAAGACCUGUAAUCUGUCAGAUCUCUUCGUACCAUCGCCGUCCUUCAUUUCGCUUCUGUAGCAUUCAUUGGUCCCAAUAUAACACCUCCGAGACGAAUACAUUUACACCACUUACUACCUCGCAAUUUCUUAACCAUCACAUUUUUUCUUUCUUUCCUUAAUGAAGCUGAUUCAAUUUGUUGUCGUGAUCCAAGUUUGACCAAGUACACUUGCUUGUUGAUCCACACACCGUAGGCCCCCGUCCGACUUUUCAUUACGUUGUCAAUUGCGGAAUACCAAUAUAUGAAGAACUUGUAGCUCAGCAAAAA